AUGCCAGAACUAACAGGCGACCCAAAACGACAUGAUCUCUCCUACUUCAAGGACUCAUUAACCGGCAGCUGCCUCUGCGGCAGCAUAACAGUAACAAUAAACGACAACGAACUCUUCACAAAACCACGCGGUCACCUCUGUCACUGCGCAAACUGCCGCAAAACCUCUGGCUCUGUCGUAUCUGCAAAUCUCAUCAUGGAAGAAGAAAAAGUCGACAUCAAAGACCGUGAUGGGACGAUGAAGAUUUAUGAGGAUAAAGCUACGAAUAGUGGAAAUCCGGUAUACAGGUACUUCUGCUCUGUGGAUGGAAACCCAGUGAUGUCGAAAGUUGAUAUGCUGCCUGGUAAGGCGAUUAUCAAGAUGGGCAUGAUGCCUGUUAUCCCAAAGCCUGAGAUGGAGAGUUUUGCGGAGCAUAAACACAGUUGGUUCAAUAAGCCAGAUGAUAUCUUGUCAUACAAGAUUCUGCGCACUGGAGAGUUGAUGGAUGAGUAG